UACGGAGUGGAUGCUAUGUGACUGAUAAACUGUAAACCGUUUUAUUGACAUGGAUGUAAUUCGCGAGGAGAUUUUUCUCUACGUCUUGUGGAAUGACAUGUGACUAGUGGCAGGCUAUUGAGGCCGCUUGGAGGCAGUGACCAAGGCUUUCAUUGGCAAUAAAAACCCGUCAGGGAUCAUCUGGCAUCAUGAGUUCACACAACGAAGGAGAUGCGUACACCAUCGCGCCCGAGAUGCCAGCCAUGUUUGAUGGCAUGAAGUUGGCAGCUGUGGCAACAGUGUUGUAUGUCAUCGUGCGCUACUUGAAUCUGAAAAGUCCCACCGCCCCGCCUGAUAUCACCUUCCAAGACACACCUCUCAACCACUACAUCCUGAAGUCCUGCCCCAUCCUUACCAAAGAGUAUAUUCCACCGUUACUAUGGGGUAAAAGUGGACAUUUCCAAACUGCCCUUUAUGGAAAGAUGGGGCGCGUCGGCUCGCCACAUCCAAAUGGACUUCGGAAAUACCUUCCCAUGCAAGAUGGAGCAACAGCCACAUUUGAUCUCUUUGAGCCUUUAUCUGACCAUAUUACAGGGGAUGACAUUACCAUGGUGAUAUGCCCAGGGAUUGGCAACCACAGCGAGAAGCACUACAUCCGCACCUUUGUGGGUUACUCCCAGAGCCAGGGCUACAGAUGUGCUGUCCUUAAUCACCUGGGAGCGCUGCCAAACAUUGAGCUCACCUCACCCCGCAUGUUUACAUAUGGUUGUACGUGGGAGUUUGCUGCUAUGGUGGGCUACAUGAAGAAGGCUUUCCCCCAAACACAGUUCAUUGUGGUUGGCUUCAGCCUGGGAGGGAACAUUGUCUGCAAGUUCCUUGGAGAGAACCGAACCAAUCAGGAGAGGGUGCUGUGCUGUGUCAGCGUCUGCCAGGGCUAUAGUGCACUAAGGGCUCAGGAUACAUUCCUAGAGUGGGACCAGUGCAGGAGACUCUACAACUUCCUCAUGGCAGACAACAUGAAAAAGAUCAUCUUAUCACACAGGGGAAGCCUCUUUGGAAUGAAUUCAAGCAAAAUGAAGGAUGCAGACCUGAGCCACCUCUACACAGCCACCUCCCUCAUGCAGAUAGACGACAGCAUCAUGAGAAAGUUCCAUGGACAUGACUCCUUAAAAGAAUACUAUGAGAAGGAGAGCUGCGUGCACUACAUCCAUAAUGUCAAUGUCCCACUCCUCCUGGUCAACUCAUCAGACGAUCCACUUGUCCAUCAGUCUCUAUUAACGAUACCCCGUACACUUGCAGAAAAGAAGUCCAAUGUGAUAUUUGCCCUGACGCUCCACGGGGGUCACCUGGGCUUCUUCGAGGGUGCGGUCCUCAUCCCCCAGCCCCUCACCUGGAUGGACAAAGUGAUCAUGAGCUAUGCCAACUCCAUCUGCCAGUGGGAGAGGAAGCGGCCCGCCUGCCAGACCGCCUGCCCGGACGCCACGUUCGAGGACACAGAGGGCAAAGGCAAGGCCUAA